AACUUCUUAUAAAAUCUAAACAUGCCCAUGAUCAUAAAAUUCCAUGAAUAAUGAUUCUUUUAACAAUUCUAUAUGAUGGAUGAAGAAAAUUAUGUUCCUCAUUUAAAUUUUUCUGGUUUAUAUAAUAAUCUAAAUGAACUCUUACCAGAAUUACCCCUACCAGGAAAUUACAAAUUUGCAUCAAUAAAUGGCUUGAUAGCUUCAGAGGAUAAUAUUUAUUCAUCCUCAAAAGAAUCAUUAAAACAAAAAAUUGAUAUAUUAUUAAAUAACAAUGAUAAUAUUAAUAAUGUACAAGAUAGGCAUAUUCGUAAUCGUUUACUAGGACAAUCAGUUGUUUCUGCUUUAAGAUCAACUUCAUUAGAUGAAUUUAACCCAUUAAUAUCAAGACUAUAUCCCCAAAAUUAUUUGUUAAAUACAAGAUUCAUACAAUUAGAUGAUAAACCUUCAUCUCUUUUAAAAGAAAUAUUGUUUAUAGAUCCUGGAUGUUUUAAUGAUGUCCCAUUAAGUGAAAAACAUGUAACUGCAUUAAAAGAAAAAUCAAGUGCUAGCAAUGUUAAUAUAUUUGACACCUUUUCUCCACAUGAUUCAACAUAUAGUAACGAUAGCAUUUACAAUAGCUGUAACAGACAAAAUGAUGCCUAUAUAGAAAAUUUAAGUGAGAGAGUCAAGAAACGAAGGAGAAGGCCCACAUAUUCUGAUAACAAUUAUUCUGCUGCUAGUAACCAUGCUAGUAACCAGGAAUAUCAGUCAGCCCAAGAGGAUGAAAAUAAUGUAGAAAACCAUUUAGACCUUUUGAUAGCUAAAAAGUUUAAAACUAGCAUCUCCAAAGAAUCCAAAGGAAUUGUCACUCUCGACCCAAAUCCUAAUUACGAGCGCUCUAACACAGCUAACGACGCCCAUUUCAGCCACCGCAAUAAUAGUAAAUCGACCCAUAACCAAAAGUUUAGGAAGAGAAUCGAUUCAGACUCCUCACCUUCUCAAUCGCCGGAUGAGAAAGGGGAUGAAAACGAAAGCGGUUCUCCAGACGAGCAAAUCCCGGACGAUAGCGAUGACUCUAAUUACGAUUGCGACAAGGACAAGUUCAGCGAUUUUGGUAGUAAAAAGAAAAAGAAAAAAUCUUACAUGGAAAGCGUGAAACGGGGCAAGAGUAAAAUUACUGCAGCUGAGGAGGCCAAACAACACGCGAAACAUGGCGCCAAGAAAAAAGGCAGACCCCCAAAAUUAAACAGCAGGGUAGACGGUACCACGAUAGGCCACAGUACACGUGAAAUUAAGAAGGAUACCUCAGUAUUGGGGAAAAAUUUGGUUAAAAGUGAACAGAGCUCGGAUAGCGGUGAUGAAGAGGAUGAUAAGGCGGCUACAGUGAUCAAGUACAAGAAACGGAACAAAAAGAGUCAACAAUUCAAAGAUACGUUCACUAUUGAAGAAAUUAUGGAUAGCCCUUUAUUUGGGAAAUUCGAUAGGUUGAUGGAAAAGGUUAUUGAGCAAUCGGAAGAAGCCGACAUCCCUUCUCUUUUCUUCCACAAAAACAAAGAUCAAAACAUGGACGAUGACAUAGAUAUCCCGACCGAUUCUUUGAUCGUCAAAUACCUUCACAAUUCUCUGGCUACAGAAGCUGCUAAGAUGAAGGCACUCAAUUAUUCCAACGUUCUCAACGUAGAGAAGAUGAUUAAAGUAUUCAACGUGUUUAUCUGGAAUAUCAAAGACGGCAUGAAAGUUCUCCCUCUAAUGCAACAAGGUAAUGAGAACGAGGACGAAACCAAAUUAUGGGAAGAACUAGCUUGGGAGCGAGUAUUCCGCAGCGCGGAUUGUUGUUUAACCUCUCUUUACGUCUUAACGUCUUCCCACAUAUCAAAAAAGUUGUUUAUGGAGGACGUGAUUGAGAUCAUCAUUCAGUUUACCAAAUACCAUUUGAUCAAUACAAUAUACCCCGAAUUCGAUCCGGUAUACAAGAUAAACAAGUCCAAAGAUUUUUACGUGAAGAGUAAACGACAUAAAAGCCAUCAGGUCGAAAGCAAAUGCACUCUCACUCUUUAUAACAAAUUAAACGAGAUAGUUAAUAUGCUGGCCGAACUGAUAGAGGUGCAAACGUUUACCGAUUCGUCCAUCAUACUGAUUUCGUCGUUAGGAACCCAGCCAUUUUUCGUCGAAAAUAUAAGCGACUUACAAUUGAACGCUCUAAGACUCAUAACUUCGAUAUUUUCUAAAUACGACAAACAUCGACAAUUAAUUUUAGAGGACAUUUUGUCAUCUUUAGCCCGUUUGCCCCUGUCCAAACGCAAUUUAAGAUCUUACAAGAUAAAUUCUGAAGACUCAAUUCAAAUGGUCAGCGCUCUGGUGCUUCAACUUAUUCAUUGCAUUGUUGAUUUUCCACCCUUGUUUCAUUUUAAAAUGUCGACCGAUAACCAAUUAGUAGACGCCAACAACGAAUACAAGAAUCUGCCCGACCACGAUAUAAUGACGCUGAACUCUUACGGAAACGCGACUAAAACGGCGCACAACUUCUUAGCCAUAUUUCUGAAAAAAUGCAGCGUGAGAUCGUGUGAAGAAGAUUUUAGAACUCUCUUCGACCAUUUUGUCGACGAUUUACUCACGACUGUCAAUAAACCCGAAUGGCCCGCUUCCGAACUGCUUCUCACAAUACUGGGAGGAAUAUUGGUUCAAAAUUUUAGCGAUAGAAAAGUUGAGAUUGCCCUCAGGCUCGCUUCCUUGGAAUACUUGGGCAAGAUUACCUCGAAGCUCAGGAAGGAUUCCUUGACUAGUCAAUCCGAUGCUCUCGUUUUAAAGGAGAUAUUGGAUCAAAUUCGCACAGCUAACGAGGAUUCUCUUCAGUACAAUGAAUUGAAAAAGGAGCCAGAAACUUUGAAACUUCAGAGACUCUUAUUGAACUACCUACAAGAAAAUAGUGUAAACGAUCCUUUUAUUAGGUUUGCCAGAAAGUUUAUUAUCAUUCAAUGGUACUGCGACAUCUUACUCAAGGCUAACAAAGCUGCGAACACUAAUAAAAAUAGCGAUGCGACCGCGUCUACCCAUGAUAUUAGUAUUAAUGAGUCUGCUAAGGUGUCUAACGAAUCGCGUGCUACAUCCCGUAAAACAGGACCUACUACCAUCAUUGAGACUAACAAUGCAUCCGGAAAUGAAUCUUCUAGCCAUUCUUCCUCACAUUCGUCCGACGACGAGAGCUCGGGUUCGAGCCACACCUCUCAUUCCUCCGAGGAUAACGACAAAACCUACGACCCCAAGUACAUCAACAAAAGCGGCGAGAGGAGCAGAAAAAAAACCCGCAAAAAAAAGAGUAGCGGUAAAAUUAAAACCAGCAAACAUGGCGGAGUCAAGCUGAAAAAGGAAGAAGAAUCCAAUUCUUCGAUCAAACCCGAAAAGGGCGACACUACGACAGAAGCCACUUUGACCCCUCCAAAAAAUAUAUUAAAAUCAUCAUCAUCCUCCACCGCUAAACGUAAAAAUUCCAAGAAAAAAAAGGUGCCCAUCGACGAGAACAGCCUUGAAUUCAUGGAGUAUCACAAAAAUUUCCUCGUAGGGUUUGUUUAUCCUUCUCUCAAGCCACCGACCUAUAACAGUGAUAGUGUCGGUAAUGUCGCUUCCAGCGUUUUCAAGAAAUCUAACAUUCAAAAUUCGAGUCACGAGAAGCUGGCGAACGAAUCGGAUGCUGUCAUAAAAAGGGAAGAAGAAAAAGGGGAAAACCACGGCUCACUUUCCGCUAGUCAGGUCGAUGUUACCGCGAAAGAAAGGGAAAGAUGCAUAGACGGAGCCCAAUCGCAGGCAGCUUAUCAAGCCACUUACGUGGGCAUGAGCGGGAAAUGCUUGUCCAAGGAUAUCAAAAACAUACAUUUAGAUACCGAGCAGUCAACUUUUAUAGCAAAAUAUUUGGCUUCCAAACGUUUAUUAUGCAGAAGCUAUGAUAUAUACCUUGGUCAAAUUAUGAAAGUAGUUCACGAGUCGGCAAUAGCUAUCAGAACUAAGGCUAUGAAAUGUUUGGCCAAUAUUAUCGAAGCAGAUCCCGGUAUAUUAGCCCAGACAAACGUGCAAUCAACUAUUCAUCUUCGGCUCAUGGACCAAUCCCCUAGCGUACGUGAAGCGGCCGUCGAACUAAUCGGCAAAUGCAUUCUGGCCAGGUCCGAACUCAUUCCUCGUUACUUUAACAUGAUCGCAGAACGGAUUUUGGAUACUGGAGUUAGCGUCAGGAAACGCGUCAUCCGUAUACUGAGGGACAUUUGCAACGAUUUCCCCGAAUACCAAAACAUAACCUCCAUUUGCUGCAAGCUAGUCCGCAGAAUACACGACGAAGAAGGAAUCAAAAAAUUGGUGAUCGAGGUGUUUCAAGCCAUGUGGUUUAACCCGGAAUUUACGAACGAGACGGUGGAGAAAAAGAUAUCCAACAUUACAGAGACGGUGAAUCAUUUUAUGGAGCAAGGACCCGAGCUUAUAGAAACUUUGCUAGAUAGCUUGCUUUCAAAUACGGAAGACCCAAAUUAUCAAAACGUUUACAAAGCAGGAACAAAAAUAGUUCACGCCUUGAUCGAUAAAAUCAUGAAGAUCGACGAAAAUAGAACUGAAACAUCGCAACUUAGAAGUCAAAAAUUGGUCUCAUGCCUCAGUACGCUGUAUUUGUUUACUAAGAUAGAUCCUGAGUUCACUGUUAAACAUUGCGAUACGCUCCAACCGUACCUCGCCCAAAAAUGCAAUAUCCAAGACGACCACAUGAUCAUACAUUAUGUCGCUAAAAUAUUCAGGCUAACUGUACCCAAGAUGGGACAUCCCAACCCUAUAUUCCUAUCCCACUUAGAGGAGAGUCUCAUGAGACUUAUAGUCACGCAAGGCAUGCUAGUUUUAGAAGGCUGUGUAGCUUGCUUAGCCGAUAUAGUUAAACAAGUCACCUUCAAUUACGGAUUGGUGACGGAUUGCUUCCUCAGAUUUUUCGGAAUAUUAUACAAGAUGGCCCUGGAAACGUACGAAAACGAAAAUUGUCCCGUGUUAAAUUCCAAAAAAUCGUUAUUACUCCGAUCUCUUUACACUGUUGGUCUCCUUUGUAUGCACUUUGAUUUCGAUCAAGAAGAUAUGAAAUUGAAUAAAAAAAUUUUUCAAGAAAAAUUGCUAUUUUGGGAAAAUCAAUAUUAUUCCAAUUUCAAAAAAGUUCACAUGGAUAAAUCUAACAAUGUUAAAAGUACCGACAACUCAGGACACGAGUUCAACUCUUGCAAUCGCAAAAAAAUUCCAUUUUUAAACACCUGCAAUCUGAUACCCGUGUCCGAAUGCGUUUUCGAAAUAUUUUUCCAUUUCGUUACCCAAAAAGACGAAAUUAUCAAACAAAAAGCUUUGAGUGGAUUAGGCUUCUUCUGCAUCAAUUAUUCACGCUAUUUAUCCCAUUCCAAAACGAAAGAAUUGUAUCAACUCUUUUUAACCGAUCCUGCCAUAUCCGUCACCUUAAAAUGCCAAGUAUUGAAAAAUAUAUAUUCCUAUUUACAAGAGGAAGAAAAUAAGACGACUAUGGCCAACAAAGAAUGGGAAAAGACCAAGAAAGAAGAUGAUUUUAAGGAAAUUAACGAGAUCUCAUCCAGCCUUAGCAGCGCUAUAGUUCAGAUAUACCUGAAGGACAUCUUGGACCGGUCCCUGGAUCUGGAGACGAACGUGAGAUGCGGCUCCAACAAUGUGCUCGCCACCAUAAUCAAACAAGGUCUGGUGUACCCAGUGCAAUGUGUGCCAUAUCUUAUCGCCAUGGCCACCGAUCCUAACACGCUCAUCAAGAAUAAAGCUCGCAAACUGAUGGGCGAUAUAGACAUUAAAUACCCGGGAUUCGUUUCGAUGAAAGCCUUAGCAGGCUCUCGAAAGUCCUUUGAGCUCCAAAAGAUAUGUCAGUUAACUUACAUCAAUCCUCCGCCAACAUCUAUCAACAGCACAAUUAGUACAGAGCCAUCGAGCUCUCCAAAUAAAAAAUCCCAAAACAAAAACGCUAACGAUAGCAGCAAAGAUACUGAUAACCUGACUAGUAAUAUAGUGAGAGGCUUGGUGACUGCCAACGUUUCGCAAACGAGCGCUAACAAUAGCGCCAAUUUGCCAAGUACCGUCACGAACGCGAAUACUCAACCCCUUUCAACCCUAGGAUUUCUGUACACCCUCCUGAGAAAUUCCAAAGCUCAAAGGCGUUUUUUCAUCGAUUCCCUCCUUAAACUUUUUGACGAGCAAUCGAAAAUUCCCCUGGAAGAAUUGCUUUACAUAGCCGACAAUUUGGCAUAUUUCCCUUACGUUAAUCAGGAGGAGCCGCUGUUUGUGUUACAUCAAAUGGAAAUUAUGACUUCCGUGACGGGAUCUAACAUUCUGCAAGCCUUCUCGGAGUGUUUUGGUCGCGAUACUCAGAGCAAAAACCAUUAUCUCAACGAGGAUUAUGAAGAUGAUGAUGACAUUGACAAGUUGUUAGCUAAGGUUCCGGAUAAGCCUUUAGCUCUAUAUGAGUGCUGCGUCGCAUCUCAGGGAUAUUUCUUGCUCCUCUAUUUGAGGCAAUUUUUGAAAAAUCUCUACGGCCUUACUGACAAUAAAUUAGCCAACUACUCUCCUAUGGAUACUAGUAAAGUAUUCGAUAAACCCAUAGGCGGAAAUCGCAAAUAUUUACCCACCUUUAAGCCACAGUCAACAGUCGAUUACUUGAGCCGCGCUUCCCAUCAAUUAUAUGCCACAAUGCCCGACCAUACCUAUACAACUCAGGAUAAACUCAAUCUCAUUAGACAGUAUUUGGAGUUCAAAGAAAUGAUGUUAAAAUUGGACCCUAAUGAGGAAGAUGACGAUGAUGUCAAAGCCAUUAAAGCUUGCAGAGAAGCCAAGGCUCAACAGAGAACCCAUUUGCCAAAAUCUCAUCACAAAAGUACAAAAGAUAAAAACAAUGAAGCCGGGGAAAUUUCCUAUACAGUUCAACAAAUUUCAAAUCCGAAUGAAACUCACGCCAUACCAAAAGUGCACAUCAAAUUGAACAAACCCCAGCAACAACCCCAUCUGCCUUCUCAUCACCAUGCUGUAGUAGCUUCUACUUCGAAACCCAAUAUUCCAAAUGAUUAUAACAAACCUAUCGUCAAUACAAACAAUCUUAAGACGAAAGUUAGCCCAACUAAAAAUAACGACUCCCUGACUGGCCAAUAUCAAAACCAGCUCAUGUCUUCUUAUCAACAAUACCUCAAAAAUUCGAAUCAAAUUCAGAAAAGAACGUCGUCGACUGUGGCUAAUCACCCAGCGAUAUUUCCGGGGCAGGUGGCCGCCCCAGUAAAUGUGGAUAACUUGAAUAAUCAUUACAGUAAUCCUCCUCAUUCUAACAACGGCACUUAUUUAGUGGCAAACAACAUAUUUGAUGUUCAAUACCCGCAGCCUCAACCCCCCAAGCAAUCCAGACCUACCAACGUUCAUCACGCUAACAAUUAUCCCAAUAUCAACCAAAUAUCUCACAAUGUCAAUAACGUAGCAUCUUCCUCGAAUCCUCCUCGCCAUAACAUCGCAAACAACAAUACAACACACUCUUCUCAUCAAAUGCCUUUUCAUCCGUACGAUAUAAAUAACCUCAUAUCCCCAAACGUGACUUCGGCCAACUUAUCCAAUAAACAAAUUCACCAUCAUCACUAUGACGCUGGCAACAAUUACAAUCCUAGCGUUAUUAAUUACAACAAUAACGCUCCUUACAUCAACCCAAACAACUUAAAAUACAACCAACGACAGAUGGAACCAGACAUUUCUAUAGUCAAUAGUUUUCCUCCCAAUGCCUCCUUCCACUCCCACAAUCAAAUUCAACAUAUCUCAAGAAAUCUAAACGUAUCCAUUACCAAAUUUAACGAUAUCGGUGCCAUUAAUAAUAAUAAUUUAAACAAUAAUAUCGUAGCUACUUCCAACACGAGUGGUUAUUCUUAUAAUCUCUACGAAAAUUUUUACGGAACUGGGGGAGGAGGCAACAAUUGAAGAAAAAUAUGUGUAUUAUUUCUAACAAGGUAUGAUUCCAAAUUUAUAUAAUUUAUCAGAGGACUUGAUAUUAUUGAAAGCUGGUUUCUAUCAGUGAUGACCAUGCACUGUACACUGUUGAUUAAAUUUAACUUGUAUCUUUAUCAUUAUGGUUCUUAUAAUUGAUAUUUCCCCUUUUUUUUUAAAAUACGAAAAUUGUUUUAUAAUAAAUUAUGCAGAAUUUUAAUAUAACCUGAAAUAUACUAUUUAUAUAAUUUAAAUUUGUGUAAAAAAAUUGAUAUAAAAUUACCCUUGUAAAUGAUGAAUUUUUUUCCCCCAAAUAUAUUUAUAUUAAAUACAUAUUUUUAAUAAUUUUCUAAAAAGUGAUUUUUAAUUAGGACCUGGUUUUUAAAAAAAACAAAAAAUAGAUUCUUAAUACAUUUUUAUCCUUUUUUUUAUUAUCCGAUUUUUAAAUUGUAAUCAUUUGUAAUUGUAUUGUAAAAAAAAUAUAUAUUUUAUAUUUAUUUAUUAGAUAGAAGGCAAAAAUAAUAUUUAAAUUCAUGAAUGAAUGCCCACUUUUUCUUUCCUUUCCUUAAUUUAAUAUUUAUUUGUCAAAAAACAACACAUACAUUUUCCUUUAUUUUUUUUAUAUUUUAAUUUUUUUAUAUUUAAAAAAAAAUCUCAAAAUUUCGAAUAAACAAAAUAAAAUACUUUUCAAA